AUGUCUCUCAAAUCACUCAAAGAGCUCGCUAUGAUGGCUUGCGUCAAGAACAUCCGCGAUAUCGACAACAUUGGCUUCCUCAGCUAUGAGGUUGCCCGUGAGCUCUUAAUCAAGAUCGACAAUCCUGCUCAGCUUCGACAGAUUGAACUCAACUCACCUCACAUUGAAGGCCAAACAGCUGAGAUAUGGCUCAAGUUUAUCGAGCGUGACUUUCCCCUGGAAUCCAAAGCCAAGGCGUAUCAACCCAGAGACCCCAAGAAAUGGUACAAAAUCUGGGAGAAGUACAAGAUUGAGCACGACAGAGCCCUCCAAGAGAGCGAGGACAAGCUCAAAUUUGCCCUGGCCGGCCUUCGUCAAGACAAGGAGAAGAACACGAGCAAGAUCGUCAGCAACAAGGCCCUUCCCAGAUCUGCAAAGAUGGCAAUCAGACGAUACACCGGUCCUCGUGAAGGCUCUUCCAAUGCCUUAACCUUUGGUGGUGGCAGCCGCACCAAAACAGUCAAUGGGGCAAGUGUCAUGCGCAAAGUCCGCCGCGAAGUAAAAGAGAUUGCCAACAUCCACGGCUCCCUUUCUCGAAGCAUCAGAGCGCCAUCCGCAGGCCAUGGCGUCACAAGAGCCCCUGAAGCCAUGAUCAAUGACCGCAAGAGAGCCGCACAACCAGCUUUCCGACCAACCCCAAAGGAACCCGCGAAUCCCUCGCCCUUGGAAGCUGCACUGGAGGAAUUUGAACGACGCGCCACCUACGUCUCUGACUCUGAUGAAGAUGACGACGGUGAUGAGGAUGGUCACGACAAUGUCCUGGACCAAAGGGCAGCCGCCAAGCCGAAACAACCCGCCAAUGCCGCGCCCAAGCUAGCUGUCAAGGCCGCAUCAAAGGCUCCCGUCAGCAUACUUCAGCGAAAGUUCGGAGGAUUUAAGCCUUCCGCCCAUCCAGCUGUAGUCGUCACCAAGAAGGCACCGGCAGCAAAGCAAGCAGAGAGCCCUCAGAAGCGCCAUCAGCCCGUCCUACCCAAGGCGCGGAACUCUCCGCCUCUAGACGAGAGGCAUUCACCCCAGUCAGUCGAGGAACUUUUGACUGCUGCCGAACCUCAGCAGCAAGCCCCGGCAGGCUCAGCUCCGCCACGCAAGAGGAAGGCUGUGGACGUUUUCAUGCGACCCAAGCGUAGGGCCUGA